AUGUCUGAGAAACAACACACCAAAACUGCAAUUUUAUCAGUAUAUGACAAAACUGGUUUAUUAGACCUCGCCAAAGGAUUGGUUGCUGCUAAUGUGCGCAUCUUGGCUUCUGGUGGUACCGCGAAAUUAAUCCGUGAAGCUGGAUUCCCAGUUGAAGAUGUCUCAUCAAUUACUCAUGCUCCUGAGAUGUUAGGUGGUAGAGUUAAAACUUUGCACCCAGCCGUUCAUGGUGGUAUUUUGGCCAGAAACUUGGAAAGCGACGAACAUGAUUUAACUGCUCAAGGCAUUGAAAAAGUUGACUUUGUUGUUUGUAACUUAUAUCCAUUUAAAGAAACCAUUUCUAAGGUUGCUGUUACUGUCCCAGAAGCUGUGGAAGAAAUUGACAUUGGUGGAGUCACCUUGUUGAGAGCCGCUGCUAAGAACCACGAAAGAGUUUCCAUUUUAUCAGAUCCACAAGAUUAUGCUCACUUCUUGGAAGAAUUGAAGAGUGGGGAAAUCACUGCUGAAACUAGAAACAGAUUGGCAUUGAAAGCUUUUGAGCAUACUGCAGACUAUGACGUUGCUAUUUCCGAUUUCUUCAGAAAGCAAUAUGCUGAAAACAUCUCUCAAUUACCUUUGAGAUACGGUGCUAAUCCACACCAAAAACCAGCACAAGCUUUUGUAUCUGAAGGUGAAUUGCCAUUCAAAGUGUUGAAUGGAUCUCCAGGAUACAUCAACUUAUUGGAUGCUUUAAAUUCAUGGCCCUUGGUUAAAGAGUUAUCUGCUUCUUUGAACUUGCCAGCUGCUGCCUCGUUCAAGCACGUGUCGCCUGCAGGUGCUGCUGUCGGUUUGCCUUUGACAGACAUUGAAAAGAAGAUUUAUUUUGUUGAAGAUAUUGAAAACUUGUCUCCAUUAGCAAACGCUUAUGCUAGAGCUAGAGGUGCCGAUAGAAUGUCCUCCUUUGGUGAUUUCAUUGCUCUUUCGAACAUUGUCGAUAAACCAACUGCGCAAAUCAUUUCUAAAGAAGUCUCAGAUGGUGUCAUUGCUCCAGGAUAUUCCGAAGAAGCUUUAGAGCUUUUAAAGAAAAAGAAGAACGGUAAAUACUGUAUUUUACAAAUCGAUCCAAACUAUAACCCAGAAACUUUGGAAACCAGACAAGUCUACGGUAUUACUUUGCAACAAAAGAGGAACGAUGCUAUUUUUAAAGGCUCUUCAUUCAAAGAAAUUGUGUCUAAAAACAAGGACUUGACUGAACAAGGUGCCAUUGAUUUGACCAUCGCCACUAUCGCUUUGAAAUACACCCAAUCCAACUCAGUUUGCUACGCCAAAAACGGUAUGGUCAUCGGAUUAGGAGCCGGUCAACAAUCUCGUAUUCACUGUACCAGAUUAGCUGGUGACAAAGCCGACAAUUGGUGGUUAAGACAACAUCCAAAGGUUUUGGGAUUCAAAUGGGCCAAAGGUACAAAGAGACCAGAAAAAUCGAAUGCCAUUGACUUGUAUGUCACCAACCAAAUUCCAACUGAGGAACCAGAAAAAUCAGAAUACGAAUCUAAAUUUGCUGAAAUACCAGAACCAUUGACAGCUGAAGAAAGAAAAGAAUGGUUGAGUAAAUUAUCCAAUGUUGCAUUAUCCUCUGAUGCAUUUUUCCCAUUCCCAGAUAAUGUUUACCGAGCAGCUAGAUCCGGGGUUAAAUUUAUUGCUGCACCAUCUGGAUCAGUUAUGGACAAAGCUGUCUUUGCUGCUGCUGAUGCUAAUGAUAUUGUGUACGUGGAAAACCCAAUCCGUUUGUUCCAUCAUUAG